AUGCAAUCUUCAGAGCUUUUUGUGGGUAAAGUAGUGCUGAUAACGGGCUCCACCUCUGGUAUUGGUGCCGGUGCUGCCAUUGAGUUUGCUAGACAUGGGGCUCAAGUGGUGAUCACCGGUCGAAAUAUUGCAAACAUGUCUAAAAUAUCUUCCCAGUGCAUUAAGAUAAGUGAUCAGGGUCUUAAACCUUUGGAAAUUCAGGCAGAUAUAAGUAAACUUUGUGAUUGUAAAGUGGUAGUUUCUAAGACAAUUGCCAAGUUUGGUAGGUUGGACAUUUUGGUAAACAAUGUGGGUCGUAGCAUAAGGUGUCCCAUAAGUAGCCCCGACAUUUUGGACACCUAUCAACAGGUCAUGGAUCUCAAUCUAAGUCUAAGACCGCAAGGUGAAACAUUCCUGUAUAGAAUGUCCAAAAAUGCCCUGGAUAUGUUUACAAAGUGUUUGUCAAUGGAGGUUGCACCAUUGGGAAUUCGCGUUAAUGCUAUUAAGUAA